AUGGUCACGCCGACGUUCUCCGCGGCCGCUGAUCCUCUGAACUGCCGAUUCCAUCUAGUCCGAACUCCGUUCGUUCCGCAGUGGCAUUUUACCCUCAUUUGCUGGAUCUGCCAGUGCAAGCACCAACUGACUUUCAUUCCCUACAGACGCAAGACUUGGCAUCCACUCAAAUCCCCCCUUGGUCCCUGCUUCUCCGUGAAACAGGUGAUCCAUUACCGCACCAAACACCACUGGUUGGCAGACAGAAGCAUACUUUUUAACUGUUUUAUGCUGACCUUUUUGGGAAACCUCGUUGUACAAGCACGCAAACGUUCUUGCAGUCAGCAUUCUGCUGUUAAAUUAACACCAGAUGGAUCUAUCCUCCUCAUUCUCCUUCUGUCGCCGGCACUUCGUAAACUUACCUCUGGUGAGUCGCGCCUCCUCCCCAUCCCCAUACGUGACCUCACUGAAUCCUCCUCCUUCCCUUCCCUCUGCCCUUCUUCCUCCUCCACGUCUUCUUCUUCUUCUCCUUCUUGCACCGACUCCUCAAGAUCCAAUCACAGUGAAGCGAAAGUUCAGUUUGGCUUGCAACCACCGCAGCGUCUGUGGACUGUGCUCUUGCUGAUUGUGUUUGGCUUUCAGUUUGCUGUUUUCCGAGCACACGCUAUCCCUCUGACUCCCGGAAGCUUUCAAAACACCACAGUGCGAAGCACUUCUUUCCCAAUCAAGACAAUCAGGCAUCCGACAUUUGAGCUGUCAUUGGAUGCCCUGUGGCAGCAGCCUGACAGAGGCUGUCGAGUCGGUCGCAGCACUCUUCGCAUCAUAAAUUCUGUCAACGGCUCAAUUAUGCGUCUGUACAUCGAAAGGGCUGAUUCAACUAGGGCUUACGUCACAUUCACCGAAAACGGCACAAUGCAACUUACCUCAAAUGGGACCGAGGAAGAAAGUAAGUGGCUUGGUUUUCAGGUUCUGAUGCCGAGACUCUUCUGA